GCAGUUCCUAUCGCCUAUCCAAUCCAUCCUGCCUCCUACCUCGAGAACAACAAGGCUGUCGGUUUUAAACCGGAAGGUUUACCAUGAAGUUGAUUGGCACUAUCACUACCGCCGCCCUGGCCUUCGCGGCCGCUGGGAGCGCUGCCGUCUGCACGCCUGGCUUGAAUUAUUGUACACGCGUUCUGACGGACGUCAGCGGUAGUAAUUUCGAAGCUAUACAACGAGAGCUGCAGCGCACGGACAACGUUUGGCUUUCCAAUGCUCCCGGCCUCUGGGGCGGUCUAAUCUUUCAUUGCAACAAUGACAAGUCCAUCACUGAAGUCGAGAGAUGUCCCGGUGGGUGUGUUAAUGCUGGAGCGGGGCAAAGUGACUACUGCAGCUCCCAGACCAGAAUCUGGGGUUAGAUCGCCGGUAUCUACUAGCGAGUUUCAUACAGGAUGUAUGAAGACGAAAGUAGACACAUUUAUUGCGUGAGGAAGUACUGGGCCGUGUGGUGUAUCUAGGGUUUAAGAAUGAAUCAUCAGCAGAGAUAUACUUUUCGUGAAAAUGGUCAUUACUUCUGUUUGGUGGUCGGGAAUCUUAUGUCGUUAGAUCAUUC